AUGACGAUUGGAUUCGGAUUUGACGUUUUGAAAAUAACUUCAGGACGAACUAGUUUGACGCAAUCCACAGGUGGAGAAAAACGCAGCGCACUUAACGAAUAUUGGUAUAAUCGACGGAAAGGUUACCAAGAAAUGGUGGAUAAGUUGUAUGUGAAGUAUAUGGAACGCUUGCAUGAUGUUCAGCAGCAACAAUAUUGGCAAUGGCAACAACAACAAACUUAUUACUAUCCACAAGGAAAUAUAAGUGAAUAUGAUGAAAACGCUAUAGCCGCUAAUUACGGCCCAUAUGAUAUGAAUACUACUCAAAUCCAGUAG